CCGCCCUCCCCGGGCCCCGCGCCUCCCACCCCCGCCCGCCGCUGGGAAGCGAUCCCGGGCCGGCGGGCGGCCGCCGCGGCUACUGACCCACCGGCCGAGGCUCGGCGCCCGUCCGCAGCGCGCGGCCCGCAUGGCGGCGCAGAGGAGCCCCCCGCGGGCACGGGAGCGGGAGCGGGACCGGCCUGGCGCCCUGGCCUCAGGAAAUGACCAAGUUCACUCCUGGGCACUCGUCACUAGCCACGCCUUAGACACCGCGUGGGGAAUAGCGAAGGGGUCCGUGAUGUUGGCGGUUUCCUUUCUGGCGGCCGCCCUCUGCUACUUCCGAAGGCUGCACUGCCAUUUAGGGCACCGGCUGAAAUGGUGGAGUGGAUAUCUGCAAAGGAAAUUCAAAAGGAACCUCAGCGUGGAGGCGGAAGUCGAUGUACUCAGCUAUUGUGCCAGAGAAUGGAAAGGGGACACGCCCCGAGCCAAGCUGAUGAGGAAGGCUUACGAGGAGCUGUUUUGGCGGCAUCACAUUAAAUGUGUUCGACAAGUAAAGAGAGAUAACUACGAUGCACUGAGAUCAGUGUUAUUUCAGAUAUUCAGCCAGGGCCUUUCUUUUCCAUCCUGGAUGAAAGAAAAAGACAUUGUUAAGCUUCCUGAAAAACUGCUCUUCUCACAAGGUUGUAAUUGGAUCCAGCAAUACAGCUUUGGUCCUGAGAACUAUACAGGUUCAAAUGUGUUUGGGAAAUUGCGUAAAUGUGUGGAAUUACUGAAAACACAGUGGACUGAAUUCAGUGGAAUUAAAGAUUAUCACAAGAGAGGAAGCAUGUGCAACAUCCUUUUCUCCGAUGCCAUUCUGGAAUAUAAACUGUAUGAAGCUUUAAAGUUCAUCAUGCUGUAUCAGGUCACUGAAGUUUAUGAACAAAUGAAGAUGAAAAAGGUCAUUCCCAGUCUUUUCAGACUCCUGUUUUCCCGGGAAACGUCAUCCGAUCCUUUGAGCUUCAUGAUGAAUCACCUAAAUUCUGUAGGCGACACCUGCGGACUAGAGCAGAUUGAUAUGUUUAUACUUGGAUAUGCCCUUGAAGUCAAGAUAAAAGUGUUCAGACUGUUCAAGUUUAACUCCAGGGACUUUGAAGUCUGCUACCCAGAGGAGCCACUCCGGGAGUGGCCGCAGAUCUCCCUGCUGACCGAGAAUGACCGCCACUACCAUGUGCCCGUCUUUUAAGUCUGGCGAGGACCGGGCGCCCGCCAAUGACAGUGGUCACACCUGCCAGUAAAGUGUUUCUGGAAAACUGAAACGAGUGUUGCAGCCACCGAAGGAAUGAGGACCUUCUCUGGAGUCACAGGUACAUGGGACGCAGCAGGGCACAGGCGGCUUCUCUCUGUUCUUCAGCGAUUUCCUCCAAAGCAGCUGCACUAAUGCAUUUGUGGGUCGUGGUUUGACCUCGUUCGUAAGGGCUGUGGUCACCUCACACAUGGUGGGCCUUGACAAGCAUGAGAACGUUUAAUUUGGACAAGACCAACAACAGGAAAACAGAAAACGAGCAGGUUUUCCUACUAACCUAGAAAGAAUGAAUUCGUUUUCAUUAAGAAUCUUGUUUUUGGUUGAUUUUGGAUCCUCAUAAACAUGGCCUCAUUUUAGAAGCAUUAGUUUCCCAGGAAUCUAUGGUAUAUUGAUUUUCUAGAACCACUUGAUUAACUGUAAAAUUAUGUAUACACCCAUUUGUAUACAUGUAUAGUUUUAUAUCUACACAUAUAAACACAUACACACAAAUGACCACUACUUGGUAAUGUUGUACAAUUUGUAUUAUAUCUUUUUGCAUUUUUUAUUGUUGCCUCUGGCCAGUUUAAUAUGUUUUAUAUAGAUAAAAAUGAUAAAUUCUGUAGAUUAAGGAACUGAAUGACAGUUACUAGUAUUAAACUAUCAGGAAAAUAUUAAACUGUGGUGUAUUGACAUGUGUACUUAAUGUGGGGUAGAUAGAAUCAUGCCCCCCUUUCUCCGCUUUCCCAGAAAGAUGUUACAUCCUAAUCCCAGAACCUAUGAAUAUGUUGGGUUAAAACGCAGAGGAGAGUCAAGUUGCAGGUGGAAUUAAGGUACUAGUCUGCUGACCUUGUUAUAGGGAGAUUAGUCUGGGUUCUCCAGGGGAAGCCAAUAUAAUCACAAGAGGGGAUUGGAAGAGUGUCAAAGUCAGAGGGAAGUGAGAAAUCCGAAGGACAGUAGAGAGAAAUGCAACAUGCUGGUGUUGAAGAUGGGGGGAGGAGCCACAAGCCAAGGAAUGUGUGCAGCCUCCGGGAGCUGGAAAAGGCAAGGGAGAGGACUCCCCUGGAGCGUCCAGGAGGGAACACAGCCCUGCCAGUGCCGUGAGUUUAGCCAGUGACACCUGGGCCAGACCGCUGACCUCCAGAACUGUAAGAUAAUAAAUUUGUGUUGUUUCAGUAGCUGUUUUUGGGAAUGCGUUAUAGCAAGAAUAGACAUUUCUCGGGCUAAUUUUGGAAAUACUUUUCUAGUUUAUGUUGGUAAUUUUUAUUUUGGAGGUACUAUGCUAGUCUGUCGUGAAUUUCAAUAAAUACAAAAUAACUUUUCAAAUCUUGGCUACCGAUAUACUGGCCUCCUUGAUGUGUUCGAGGCUGACGUUUUCUCGCAUUUUCAUAUUGCUUCUACUAUAAAUAAAAAAAGGUAUGGUAAAUGGUGUGGUGUACGAAAAUAACACAGACUCUUGAAUAAUCACCUGUGUGUCCUACAUGAGCCAGAUGUCUAAUCGUACGUUGUGUUCUGCCUGCUGU